AUGGCCGCCAUCUUCACAGGUGCGCCGCCGAACAGCGGACCAGGCUACUCCUUCACGCAAACCCCAGCGCCGACAUCAGCAUCCGAGCCACGACAGCACGCCUUCUACCCUUACACCGACAACGGCGGCUCCACCCUCGGCAUCUCCAGCUCCAACUUCACCAUCCUGGCCGGCGACACCCGCAGCACGAGCGGCUACAACAUCAACACGCGCUACGCCCCCAAGCUCUUCCACAUCGACUCCGCAGACCCGUCCUCCCGGCUCGUCCUCUCCGUCGUCGGCUUCGCCGCCGACGGCGAAGCCCUCGCCGAGCGCCUCGACACCGUCGUAAAAAUGUACCGCUACCAGCACGGCAAGACCAUCAGCGUCGGGGCUGCAGCCCAGCGGCUCUCCCACGUGCUGUAUGGGAAGCGCUUCUUCCCGUACUACGUACAUGCCAUUCUCGGUGGGUUGGACGAAGAGGGCAAAGGCGCGCUCUACAGCUACGACCCUGUCGGGAGCUACGAGCGGGAGCAAUGUCGCGCGGCGGGCGCGGCGGCGAGUUUGAUAAUGCCGUUCCUGGACAACCAGGUCAAUUACAAGAAUCAGUAUGUGGCGGGGAGCGGGGUCGGGCAUGAGUUGCAGCAGCGGGAUCCGCGGCCGUUGGAGAGGAAGGAGGUGGAGGAGCUGGUCAGGGAUGCAUUUACGAGUGCGGUCGAGAGGCAUAUUGAGGUCGGGGAUGGGCUGCAGAUGAUGGUUAUCACGAAGGAGGGGGUUGAGGAGGUGUACAGGGAGUUGAAGAAGGAUUGA